AACGUUCGUCGUGGUGGAGGGUGGUGUUGCGCCUUGGAUCUGGGAUUUUAAUAAGAGACUUUAGUUCAAACACUUGGUGGAGACUUCGAUAAGUGAUCGGUCUGCCCUGGUUGCAUUGUUUUUCCUGAGUCUGGGCGAGUGCUAGACUGGUGCGUGUGUGUGUCUGUGUGUGCAUGUGUGUGAGACGCAACACCACCACCACCACCACCACCAUCACCACUACCACCACCACAAUCGUCACCACCACCCCUCUCUCGCAGAUCGGCGCGGCCAUGGCCAGGUAGCAUCGUCACUCCGCGGUGGUAACUCUCCGACGUGUUAUCACCCUCCACGGCCCACUCUCCUCCCCUCCCCCUUCCCUUCCCUGCCUCCCCGCCCCCCUGUCCUCUCCAAACAUGAACUCCGUGCACCGCGGCCUCAGCCUCUACGAGUUUCUCACGGAGGCUGAGUUACAACACUACUUCAACAACUUCAAGAACAAUCUCAAGGUGCAAAAUGUGGGUCAGAUCAAGUUCGUGGCCGACGAGGACCUGCAGGCGCUGGGCAUGUCCCGCCCGGAGAUUCGGCGCCUCAAGAAGUACUUCCACAAAUACUGCCCCCAGACCUACCUCUCCAAGUUCAAGAAGAUCCUGCUGACAAGGCGCGAGGGGCAGGAUGAAGGCGAGGUGGUGGUGCCCGACGAGACAGGGGAGCGGCCCAGUGUUCGAGUCCCCAGCAAGCACAUUAUCCCCGCGGACGCCAUCGUUAUCAACAAGGAGCUCGGCGUUGGGGAAUUCGGGGUGGUUCAGCAGGGAGUGUGGACCAACGAGGAGGGCGAGAGGAUCCAGGUGGCGAUCAAGUGCCUGAGUAAGGACCGCAUGCAGACCCAGCCCAUGGAGUUCCUGAAGGAGGCGUCCAUCAUGCAUAACAUCAACUCGGAGCACAUCGUCCGCCUUUACGGGGUGGUACUGGACACCAAUGCUCUUAUGCUGGUGACGGAGCUGGCGCCGCUACGGUCCCUCCUAGAGUGCAUCAAAGAGCCGUCCCUUCGCGUGAGCUUCCCUGUGGUGUCCCUGUGCCAUUUCUCCAUCCAGAUCUGUGAUGGUAUGUCCUACCUUGAGGAGAAGAGACUCAUUCACAGAGAUCUGGCCGCACGAAACAUCCUGGUGUUUUCCAAGAACAAGAUCAAGAUAUCAGACUUUGGUCUGUCAAGAGCAUUAGGAGUGGGCAAGGAUUACUACCAGACCAACUUUAAUGUCAACCUCAAGCUCCCAAUAGCAUGGUGUGCCCCUGAGUGCAUCAACUACCUGCGCUUCACCUCUGCCUCAGACGUGUGGGCCUUUGGAGUGACUCUUUGGGAGAUGUUCAGUUAUGGGUUCCAGCCGUGGGCAGCACUCACCGGGCAGCAAAUACUGGAAGCCAUUGAUGAGCCAAACUUUCAGAGACUGGAGCAGCCAGAGGCCUGUCCACGGGAGUACUACAACAUCAUGCUCAAGUGCUGGCAGCACGACGCACUAAAAAGGCCCAAGUUUGAUGACCUCAUGAACAUCCUGCCAGAGUGCAAGCCAGAGCAGGUGCAGGUUGUGAGGGAGAACGAGGACCCUCCCUCUACACCUGGUGGAAAGAGGGACCGCCUACAGUACAAAGUUGGGGAUGUCAUCACUGUACUGGACAAGAGGCCAGUGCCAGACAACCCUGCUGUGUGGAAGGGCGUCCUCAAUUCAGGCAAGACAGGUCACUUCAGCCCCGCCAAUACUGUCACGUACCUGGGCACCAACAUUCCUUCCAACAAGUCCAACUUCCAGAGAGGAGAUGGGAAAAACCCUUACUCCUCGAGGCGGCGUCUCCGGCCUGAAAUGAUCUCCGGGCCGCAGGGAGACUUCAAGCACACUGGCCACGUGGGUCUUGAUGGGGCCUACUUUGGCGAUGUCUCCUUCCUCGGAGAUAAGGUCCAGGAUGGCAGAUUUGUUCAAAAAAAGCUUGAUAAGUACCAUCAACUGCCAAAGCAGAUUGUGACACCAUACAAACCCUCUGAUGACCAUGACCAGUCCACCUCCCUGACCCGUGCAAGCUCUGAUGUGUCUGACAGAGCUCCUCUCCUGAAAAAGGUUGGGGACAAGGGAAAGUCAGGCCCAGCAGCAGAGCACAACUGGUCAGACACAGCAAGUGAAGAUCAGCAAGACAGCCCUGGACGCUCUCGCCAAGCUGACCACGAAUACCACGAGAUAUCUGAUGAAGAGGAUGAACCUCUCCCCAGAGCAUCAGGUAUAGUACAAACAAGCUUUUGUGCUCAACAGCCAUUCAGCGGCAGUUCCUUUGACCUCGGGCCAAGCUUGAUGGAUGAAGUCUUCAAGGCACUGGGAGGAUCAUCAACAACCACUGACCCCAUCUCCUUGGACCCACCUACCUCCUUGCCGCCGCUCACCCCAACCCAUCCCACUCAGGCACUGCUCGAGGACAACGAAACCCACAAUGUCAAAAAUGAGCUAAAGGAGAUUGCCUCCAAGAUCACUGGCAAGGACAGUUCCAAGAAGAAACAGGCCACGGUUAAGCCCAUCUCAGCAGCUGAUCAGCGUACCUUGGACUCAGCGAUAGCAAUGGCUAAUGAACUCGCCUCUAAAAGCAUGUCUGAGUUAGACUGCAACCAAGAAAGCCCACCAGACUCUGAGGGUAUGCCAGAUUCCCCGAUCACCCCUUCCUCCCCUACAAAGCACCCUGGAGGCUCUCGGUUCUCCUUUAAAUUUUCAACAAAGGGAAGCCCCAAGCAUGAGAGAAGACAUUUCAGUGCUGAGGCUGCAUCAAUACCAGACAUUCAGUCAAGCAUAUCAGAGGAGGCCAGGGAGGUGUACAACUCCCUGGUGGAACGGCCAGGGCUUGACCCUGACUCCCUAGGGUGCCGGGUGGAGCCUGAUUCACCCCCUCCUAGUGAUCCAGAGCCAGCUGAGCACAAUCCCCUCAGAAUGCUUCGGGCAGGUGUUACUGUGCGGCCAAAGAUCAGGGGAAACAAGCACAACCUUGGUGGAGGCUCAGGGUUCAGCACCAUCGAGCGAAGCCAUGGCAUGCGGGGGGGUGGGUUGAGAGGAGAGGGCCACACCACAACCACCACCCCCACAUCUGCUGACCUUUCCACACACCAAACACUACCCAAGGGCUUCAAGCACAGUAAGGUCCCACCACCUGUCAAGCCCAAGCCAUCACCACUCAUAAUUCCCAACUCAGCUCACCGCACCAGCAGCAGUGAUGCAGACACAGGGACCAGUCCUGAUGGCAGCAACUUUGAUAGUAGCCACGAUGCCAUAAACCUACUUCCUUUGCCUCCCCGAGACCGCACACGGCCCACUGCAAGCCUCACCAAGCCCAGACACCAACGCAAACACCCACUCAUCAUUCCCGGUGGUGUGACGAACUCACUCCUUCGGGGAGGUGGCCAUGUCUCGGCUCUUACUUCAGGAGAUAAACAGGAUGCCCCUACCGGCCGCCUGGUAAUCCAGCACACUCACAACCCACAGCUGGAGUCCCACAGUGCCCCUGAUGAUGUUUCCACUACAUUGCAAACUUCUGAGAGUCUAGAAGGAGAGGAGGCAAGCGGAACACUGGGUUCAAGACUUCCGCCUGCCAAACCACCCAGGCUGUUCACAAGCCCCAGCUCUCUGAAUGACAGCUUUGAAAGUCAAGUGGCAAGUGAAAUGGAUGCGCUUGAUGACAUACAAGAGGAAGAGCUGAGUGUAUCUCCUCCUGGACCCCAUCCUCCAGCCUACCCCACCAGCAGUGCCCCAGAGCCUCACACCCCAUCCCCUGAUCCCCUCCUGCCUUCUAAUGGUUUUCGAGAGAGGCUAGGGGGUGGGGGGAGUGGCGGUAGUUCCCUCUACCAGUAUGGGGAUCACGUAUCAUGUGAGGAUCUACUUGAUUUUGCAAUGGACCGACCCAACUCCCGGCGCACCCAGGGACCGGCGCGGGGGACUCAGUCUGACGAGGUGCACAUCAUGCAGAAGGUGCUCAAAAAUGAGCAUGUGUCACCGGAGGAGUGCGUUGUGGCUCUCAAUGAGUGUGAGUGGGAUGUGCAUCGUGCCCUGAAGCUGACCAGGCUACAGCUUCUCAUCCCGGCUCACCGCGUGCCCCUAGAGGCAGCCCGCAGCACCCUUGCCUCCUUCUCCUGGGAUGUGGGGAAAGCUGCCUCAUACAUAGUGGCCACACAAGGCAUCAGUGAGGAUACAGCACAAGUCUGAGCCAUUUUAACAUUACUGCCUCAUUUACCAAUUCAGCAAGGGGAGGCAAGGCCACAUGAAGCACCACUAACUACCCUUUGAUACCAAUAGCAUAUCAGUAUGGGGGAGACCCACUGUCCACUUUCCAUAACUGAUACUUUCCUCUAUUCAUCCAUCCAGAACUUAUCCCAGACAAAGGAUGUAGUCAACCCAUCAGAGGCUCCAUCUGUGGCUUUGGGAUCAAGGAAGCCACCUCCUCCUUCCCUACAGAAAAUUAUCACCGUUCUUGACAUUUUUAAUAACUUGCUCAUUUCUGAUAUGUGCCUUGUCAUGUCACCCCAUAAUUAUUUUAUUUCACAAUAAUUUUACUCAUAAAGGAAAGCAGUCAUGGGUUAACAGAGCAGAAAAUGCCUGUUGGUGCCUCUCCCCUAUUCCCCCAACACUGCCCCCUCCUUUAUACUAGUUUAGAGCAUAAUAAAGGCAUAGCAGCUUAAAGGAGGUUUAAGGGGACCUAUCAGAGGAAGGAAAUAAGAGAGCUGAGAAGAGGAAAUGAUAACAGUUUUGCCUAAGAUAUAACAAACAGGCUUGGCAGACUUGGCUAAUGUAAAACAACCACACAGGUGGAUCUCAAGUCCCAGGUAUACUUUAGAGGAAUGGCUGGAAGUAAGACACCAGCAUCCCAGCAGUAUUUUUCAGGAUUUUUUAUUAUCAUUGACACCCUAAUUAAGAGGAAAAAAUUAACUCAGGCACAGGGAGAGGCAAAACUCUGAACUCUUUGGCAUUUGUCCUGUAAGGACAACCCUGAAAGUGGUUUAUAGUAUUUCAUCUGAUAAGAGUUUGGUUCUGUAACAGGCAGAGAAGAAAAUUACCCGAGUGAGCUGAAAUGGACAAGAAAUUAAACAAGAUGUGACUGGAAUGUACAGAAAAUUGGAAUAUGUGAGUGGAGUGUACAGAAAAUUUACUAUAAGUGAUUAUAAUGUACAUAAAAAGUUGAGUUUGCAGGACAUAAUCUCAGUGAGUGACUGAACAAUGCCAGAUGACUCAUGAAUGUACAGGAUAUUGGUACUUUGAUGUUUCUGUUUGACUUGGAAGACAAAAUAUACAGAAGCCAGACCAGAAGAAAAAAAGAACAUCAUGAUAUGUGCAGGAAUGUGUGUGUGUGCAUGCAUGCAUGCAUAACUGCGUGUGUGUGUGUGUGUGUGUGUGUACUUAUGUGUUUGUAAGUGUAUGUAUGAGAAUGGAACCACAUACAAGAAUAUCUAAGAAAUACCCAGAAUGCAUUUUUGUUUUCAUAAAUUGUUCAGGACCACUCCCUUGAGAGGUUGCUUAUUAUACUGUAUCUCCUGUCACUACCACCACUGAUGCAAGUCAGUGAUAGCAGAGUUGUGUCAGUGAGAACUCUUCAUUACAUCUUUACAUUCUUCAAGUUUUUCUAAUUUAUAAUAAUUUUGGCUGUUCAACAGAAUAAGUGGUAUCAAUUAAGCAAUCUUCUUUCAUCUAGAUUAUUUUUAUCAACUAGAUCUUCACUUUCCUGGAACUGAAUUACCUUAUUAAACAAGCCAUACAAACCUUUCCUCUGUGAUGGUGAGUUCACUAGAUGAGUUGCUGAGUGACAUGUCCUGACCCAUUCUACCACAUAUAUGAAAUAUGAUGGUUAGGAUGUACUUACAGUCAAUAGUGCAACCAGUGACCAGGAGCUUUGUAUGAUUGGAAGAAACUUUUCAGAAUAGAAUGAACUGGAGCUUUGGUGAAAUUGCUGUCAGUAAUGAUUAAUAAUGUCACUUUUCAUGUACUAUUUUGAAAAUUCAGUAUCUCAUAUGCUAGACUUUUGGUUUCUCCAUAACAGCAGAAAAAAGUCAAAUGUCUGAACUAUUAUUAUCUGAGGAAUAUACAUGCAUUACAAAUUAGUUUCAACAUUGUGCAGUCAUGGAAUAACAAGAAAUUUUCAUCAUUGAUGUAAUUAUAUAAUUGCUCAGUCAUUGUACCAACCUAUUUUACUUGUUUAUAUAUAUUUUUGAGAUAUUUUUUAAAGGUGUCAUAUAUUAGUUGUUUUUGUUUCAGUUCGGUCAGUAUAAUCUUUUGAUUGGCAGUGGACUGAAGACUCUUAAGUCUUCCUUGGUUAUGUUCAAGGAGAUGCAAUCAUAUAGCAAAAAUUCUAUGGAAAAAUAGGUGCAAGAAAAAACACUCUAUAACUUCAACUUCCUUUAGCUGAGUUACAUCCCUUUUAGGUAUCUCACAAGAUGUUCUUAAUCUCCAUUUCACAAAAUGUAAAUAAUUUGUGGUCUCCAGAUAAUGUAUUCUGCAUAUACAGAAAAUAUUUUGUAUUAGUACAGUUUACCUGUAACUUAAUCCGAAACAAUGCACACUAGGCAGUGCAGGCCGAUGAAAGAGGAGCACACCCUUGGCCUUGGUACUGGUGCCAAUGUCAUUUCAUCCUUAUGCCUUGCAUGGGUGACCACAAGUUGAAACAACUGUUUAAAAUGGUGCAACAAUAUCUCUGCUUUGAAUCUUCCUGCAAUAUUUAAAGUUGUGUUGAUAAGUGCCUUUUUAUAAAUCUUAGAUGGGCACUGGGGACCACUUGCACACCCAUAGGAUGCACCACAGAUGUAAAACAGAGAAUAUGUGUCCCUGAAAUCCAUAACCAAGAGAAUGGUCAUUGAGGUCAAAUGCAUGUGUAAUCCUUCUCCUGUCUACUUAAUCCUGUUCUCUUUCAGCCUGCCAGGAAAGCCUCAUCAGAUGAUCUAGAGAAGAUAAACAUGGAUUUGAUGGGAUGAGGUUUUGAUUUAUCAGUUAAGCCUAAUAUGUAUGAUACCCUUAAAUGUACCAUCUGCCUCUGUAGCAAAGGUGGGCAUUCCACAGUUUAAGUCCACUAAUCGCUAAUAGUGGACUAACAAAAAAUUUGGGAAAUAGCGUUAGUGGAAAAUUAGAAAAAUUAGUGGGGUUGCAGUUCACUUAAUGCCAAAAUUAUAGUCUGCUAACAAAUUCUCAAUCGCCAAGAAUGAACUUUCCAGGUAAUUCAAGAAUAUUCUUGAAAGUGUGGAGAAACUUCUAGAUUAGGGUGGGCAGACGUCCCGGAUUUUAAUGGUUCGUCCCGGAAAUAAAAUUGUCCCGGAUUUCAUGCACUGUCCCGGAAAAUGACUGUAAUGAGGAUUUUGUAUUUUGCUGGUUUAAAACUUAUAUUAUAUAUGAAAAUAUAUAAAUUGUAAGGUAAUUUUAUUGGAAAUUAUGUUUUUAACUACCAAUAAAGGGUUAACGGACUGUUGCGGACUUCAUUAAUGGACUAAAAAAAAUUAUUAGCAUUAGCGGAUUUGCGAUAGUAGACCGGCGAAGCUGGAAAAUUUGCGGAUUAGCGAUUAGCGGAAUGCCCAACAAAAUUAGUGGAAUUGCGAAUUGUGGACUAACAAAAAAUUAGCGGGUGCCCACCUCUGCUCUGUAGUAUCACAUCCACAGAGUAAGAGUGAUGCCUUGUUUUGCUUGGCCACUUUAUUGGUUUACAGGAAAAAUUGUACCUCUUCCUGACAUGCAACUUCACGGCAUCUAUUUUCGUACUUUUGUAUUUUUAUAUGAAACAUGCCUAUUUAAGUGCGAGUCCAUUUCACUGCUCAAAAUCCUCAAAGGCCUUGAGGUGUGUAUGUGAAUGUUCGUGUGUGUGUGUUUGUGUGUGUGUGCGUGUGUGUUGCCACAGACCUACAGUAAUUUCAGAGUGGAGGAAAGAGUUGGGUUUGUGAAGUGCUCGAGUCCCCAGUAGUUAACCUGUGCAAUGUCGGUGGUAAGCUUUCCUUGACUAACCAUGUACGUAAAUAAACUGUUAUAUAUAAAUAUCA